CCACGUAGCUACUAGCUAGUAUUAGCUGCAGCAAAGCAUCAGGGUUUGUGAGAAACAGCUGUAAUAAACAAAUUCACGGCCACCAAUUUGUUGAAACGGGCCGUUGAAAAUGGCGAGGUACCUGAGGCCUCCUAAUACCUCUCUCUUCGUUAGAAACAUCGCUGAUGAGUCCAGGCCAGAGGAUUUACGACGUGAGUUUGGUCGUUAUGGGCCUAUUGUAGAUGUCUACAUUCCACUUGACUUCUAUACACGGCGACCAAGAGGAUUUGCUUACAUUCAGUUUGAAGAUGUUCGGGAUGCAGAAGACGCUCUUCACAACCUGGACCGUAAGUGGGUUUGUGGACGUCAGAUCGAGAUCCAGUUUGCCCAGGGAGACCGCAAGACCCCUAACCAGAUGAAGUCCAAGGAGCGUCAUUCCCCACGCAGUUUCUCCCGCUAUGAUGAUGAUCGGGAUAGCCGGCGAAGACGAUCUCGGAGCCGCAGCUAUGAUCGCCGCAGGUCCCGGAGCCCUUCCUAUGAACGCCGCCCUCGGAGGUCUGAGAGCCCUAGAGAAUCUCGGUCCUACAGUCGACACAGACGUAGCAGAAGCCAUGAAAAUGACAAGUACAGAGGUCCUCCCCGUGAUCAUCACAGAACACACCAUGAACCAGGCUCACGAAGCCGCUCCGCAUCCCGCUCCCCUUCACCCUCCAGAUCCAGGCCCAAAGGUAAAAAGAGCCAGUCCAGGUCCCACAGCCCCACUGAAGAUUUCCACCCAACCUCAAGCUCCCAGAAACAGUCAGUGGGACGAUCUCCAUCCCGCUCCUACUCUAGAUCCAUGUCUCGGUCACGCUCUCGCUCCAGGUCCUGGGCUGGACGCAAGUCUGGAGGUCACUGACUGCCUGGUCUUCCAAAGCCCUCUAUUUAUCAGUCUAAGGAUGUUUCUGUUCAGCUUUCAACCUAUGAUAACUAGAGUGUUAUGCUCUAUAUUUUCAUUUGUUUAUCAUCACAUUAUGGUUGCCAAAGGAAGGAGCAGUAGCAGGAGCGGAGAUAUUUUUUCAAGCAUAUUCAGAAAAGCUUUUUGUUCUUAAGUGAGUCAUGAAAGCACAGCUGAUCCCUGGAAAGUUUUGCCAGGUUGUCUUUUUUGGACUUGUGUAAUGUGGGUUUUUGAAGGUGGCGAUAAUGUUGCGGUUUGGCUUUGCCAAUAUUUUUUUUACUGAGUUAGCAAUAUUUAGAUUCAUACGUUUGUUAAUACAAUGCCUGUCUCAGUUUGGUAUGUUAUGUGAACGUGAAUAAAAAUUUAAUUGAACUUCAGGCCAGUAUUACCAAUAUUUGUAUUUAAGUGCCCCAACCAUACAAGCCUGGUUCCAGGGGCACUGAUACAACAGGCAAGCUGUAUACUGUAGUAGCAGUUUCUGUAGUUACUAUGGCAAUGGAAGAUGGAUGGAAUGCAGUCAGUUGUUACCUGAUACUUGAUCAAAUAUUUCAUGUGACAGUAUGUUCAAGGUGAGCUGCACUCGUUUACCAUGUACUUCAGUGAGUCAAAGUCAAGUGUUCCUUAGUAGUUAUCAUUUUAAUGGUUUUACUUGGUUUGCUUUAUCAAUAAAGAAAUAAAUUCUC